UCAAAGGUGGGCGGGGUCCGUUGUGCUAUGAACGCGAGAGAAUGGGGGAAGACACCAGCGACGAUUGAACGAACUGUCAAACGGCAAUCAUCGCGCUGAAUUAUCGCCGCGGGCGGAGAAAAACAGCAAACGUGCCUCAGCUGGUGGGAAGAAGAACAUUUUAGGGAGAGAGUUUAAGCAGCGCCAUCUUCGCCAAACGUGAGGAGGACGGGUGGGAGGGACGUUGUACUUCAGUGGUGAGCUAGCUAGCCAACGUUUUUGCUAGCAUGCACUUUUGUUGACAAACGAGCUAGCCGAGCCGAGCCCCCAGUUCCCAAUUAUGUUGGCGUUUUGACUUAAAAAAAACAAACAACGCCCCCAUUUUUGCCUCUACGGAAUUAAACAGCAUGAACCCCUCUCGGCAAGUCGAAAAAGGUCUCCGCUGGCUCAUCAGCCGACAUGUGAGAGCCCCCCCACCGAGGUGGACCCCCCAAGCUGUGAGCGGCCGCCGCUGAGCCCUCCUCGGCAACUCCACAACAAUUUGGUGCUCUUGUCAUGUGGGUACAACACGGAGGAAGACUCCCAUUACCCCAACAGGUGUCGCCAUCGUUAUCGUCAUGGACCGGAAUAAACGCAACUCUAUCGCCGCGUUCCCCACGCGGCCCGAACGCCUCGCCGAGGACAGAGACGGCGUCGCGGGGCUAGCGGGGUUUGAGAUGGGCACGGGACCAUCAUCGCAGGUGGGCAGGGUGUGCCCCUCGUCCUACAGGGCCCUUAUCAGUGCCUUUUCCUGCCUUACGCGCUUAGACGACUUCACCUGCGAGUGGAUCGGCUCCGGCUUCUUCUCCGACGUUUACAAGGUUUGCCAUCGAGCGUCAGAUCAAGUGAUGGCGCUGAAGAUGAAUAAGCUGAGCAGCAACAGAGCCAACAUGCUGAGAGAAGUGCAGCUGAUGAACCGCCUAUGCCACCCCAACAUACUCAGGUUUAAGGGCGUGUGUGUGCACGAGGGCCAGCUUCACGCCUUGACGGAGUACAUCAACGGUGGCAACCUGGAGCAGCUUUUAGACAGCAACAAACACCUAAGCUGGCACGCCAGGAUGAAACUGGCCAGCGACCUUGCCGCGGGUCUGGCCUACCUGCACGCCAAAGGCAUCUUCCACCGAGACCUCACUUCCAAGAACUGCUUGAUCAAAUGCGAUGACGGCGGCGGCUACACGGCGGUGGUCGGGGACUUCGGAUUGGCCGAGAAGAUCCCCGCCAAUCUCACGGAAGGAGCCAAGCUCUCAGUGGUGGGUUCUCCGUUCUGGAUGGCUCCUGAGGUUCUGAGAGAUGAACCUUACAACGAGAAGGCUGAUGUUUUCUCCUACGGCAUUAUCCUGUGUGAAAUCAUCGCCAGGGUCCAGGCUGACCCCGAUUUUCUCCCACGCACAGAGAACUUCGGCCUGGACUAUCACACCUUCCAGCACAUGGUUGGCGACUGUCCGCCCGACUUCCUUCAGCUGGCGUUCAACUGCUGCAAUAUGGACCCCACGCUACGGCCCUCUUUCCCAGACAUAAUGGGAUACCUGGACGAGUCAUUGGCGCGCCUCAACGAAGCACACCAGUCCCCCCCACUAGCUGGAGAGUGCGACAAGAAGACGGUGGUUUCCAAAGGGGACAAGCUUCAGGCCCUGAAGCGACUCAACCCGUUGAUUUUCCCCGAUGACAAAAUCCCCCCCAAAUCGCCACGACCCCGCCGCAACAUCUGGCUGAGUCGCAGCCAGUCGGACAUUUUUUCGUGCAAGGCGGCGAGGAAGGCGAACGUGCCGGACCCGCACGACGAGGCGCCGGCUUCUCGGCAGGCCGUCAAGCCCCGCAAGGUCAACCCGUUCACGGCACGCGAGGACCUGUGCGGCGGCAACAUCAAGUUCUACGACGUGCCCAGCAAGUCUGUGUUCUCGCUGGUCUUUGACUUGCGCUCGCCACCGGGCAGCGCCUUUGCCAGCCGGCCCCCGCCGCACGCCGCGACCGCCUCCACGUCCUUCUACUGGCGGCAGUUGCCGGGACGACAGUGUCACUCCUUGCCCGUGUCCCCCCAGUUGUCUCGCUCUGAUUUCCCGUACCAUCACGCCGUGGCCGGAACCACCUCGGCUCUCAACAACAACAACAACCUGCCUUGCAACGCGCACCCGCUGGCCUCCGCUCUGACGUCGGCAGCCUGCUGGUCCGAGUCGGCCCCGACGGGCCACGAGGUUCGACAUAGGCCUACGCUGAGUGGGUGGGCCAGGAAAUACACGGUGGUGGAGAUCCCACCCUAUUGUGGGCCAAAGGCGGAAGAGGACGAGGACGACGUGUUUGGUGAGAGCUGGUCUCCGAACGUCCCCCCUGGCGAGGCCAUGGACUGUUCCAGCAUGGUGGAGGACCAACACAUGCAGGUCAUGCCACCUCAGGACUGAAGAGAAUGUGAAGAGAGCGCGUUCAGAGCUUCUCUAAAGCAUUUGUGACCCUAGUCGCAUUCAAAAUGUGUUCUUGCUAAUAUUGUUUAUAUUUAUUAUUAAUAUUACGAGAUGACUUUGAUUGUUUCCCUCCAUUAGACCCCUCCCCGCCCCCCGAAAGAUCCCGUUUUCACACCAAAACGGAUCUCUACGGUAAAAGUGGACAAAUUGCUGCUUCACGUGCAUUUACUGCAUUCUUGCUUUUCUUGGUUUUCCUCGACGCUUCUGUUGGAUUCAAAGUCAGUUUGAUGCAGUUUCACUCGUUCACCAGCAGUCAUGUUGUCAUAGUUUUUUUCCCUCAAAUCUAACAGCAGUUAAGAGAUUAUUUAGUUUGUAUCCGUACGAACUAAAAUGCACUAUUUUGUCAUCUUUUCUAUGCAAAAAAAUAAUAUUUCACACUGUUGCACAGAAUUGAGGAUGUCAUAUUUAUGUGUAAAAAAAAAAAAAACAAGUCUUACCUUUGUAUAUUUGUGUAAAAAAUGCGCAGACUGAUUUUGCUUUGAAAUAACAAAGCUUCUCCCGAGUUUCAUUUCAGUUAUAAUAAAAAAGAACCUCUGACUCGGA